AUGGCGGAGUGCUUGGCUGCACGUUUGGCCGCUCAGGAGGAGCAGAUCCGGCUCCUCACCAGGGAAAUAUCCAGUCUUCGGGAUGGAAUAACCCGAGGUCUGGACGCCACCGAUGUUACGGUGGUGUCCCCGGAGCUGGAGAGCCUGCGGACGGAGAACGAGAAGCUCCGGUACCGGCUGCUGCACCUCCGGCGGGGUCUGCAGGCGGAGCUGCAGCUGGAGCAGGGCGGGAGGCAGCAGGGAGCCAAGUGUGGCAAAGCUCCGGAGAGAAACAACAGCAAACCGCAGCAGAUAAACAACGGAAAUGAUAAUAGGGCGGACACCCCCAGUACAAAAGCAGCUGACAAGAACAAGAAGGAGAAGAAGCAGGAUAAAGGCCAAGCAGCUGGAGGAGUGAAAGAGCUGAAGGCCAUGCCUGGAUACGUUGGAGAGCGCCUCAGCCUCUACGAGCAGCUGAAGAGAGAGAGCGAUGCCCUGCUGGCAAAGAAGGCUGCAGAUAACAAACCCAUCACUGUGGAGCUGCCAGAUGGGCAAAAGGUGGCGGGCAAGGCUUGGGUCACCACACCGUAUCAGCUGGCUUGUGAUAUCAGCCAGGGUCUGGCUGACAAUGCUGUGAUUUCUCGUGUGAACGGGGAACUCUGGGACCUGGACAGACCUCUGGAGCGGGACUGCUCUCUUCAGAUCUUACGUUUUGACGAUGAGGACGCUCAGGCUGUGUACUGGCACUCCAGUGCUCACAUCCUGGGGGAAGCAAUGGAGCGCUUUUAUGGAGGUUGUUUGUGUUAUGGGCCCCCGAUAGAGAACGGCUUCUACUAUGACAUGUUUCUGGAUGGACAGAAGGGAGUAUCCAGCACUGAGUUUGGGGACCUGGAGGCUUUGUGUAAGACUGUGGUGAAGGAAAAACAGCCCUUUGAGAGGCUUGAAAUCAGCAAGCAGACGCUGCUGAAGAUGUUCAAGUACAACAAAUUCAAAUGCCGCAUUCUGAAUGAGAAAGUCACCACCCCCACCACUACAGUCUACAGAUGUGGCCCUUUGAUUGACUUGUGCCGAGGUCCCCAUGUCAGACACACAGGCAAGAUCAAAGCCAUGAAGAUUUACAAGAACUCUUCCACUUACUGGGAGGGCCGCUCCGACAUGGAGACUCUACAGAGGAUCUAUGGGAUUUCGUUUCCAGACUCAAAGAUGCUGAAGGAGUGGGAACGUUUUCAGGAGGAGGCCAAGAACAGAGACCAUCGCAAGAUUGGCAAAGAUCAGGAGCUGUUCUUCUUCCAUGAUCUCAGCCCAGGCAGUUGUUUCUUUAUGCCGCGUGGAGCCCACAUCUACAACACCCUCACAGAGUUCAUCAGGGAUGAGUACUGGAGAAGAGGCUUUCAGGAAGUAGCCUCCCCCAACAUCUACAACAGCAAACUGUGGGAGACAUCUGGCCACUGGCAGCACUACAGUGAAAACAUGUUCUCCUUUCCUGUUGAAGACGACAUCUUUGCUCUGAAGCCAAUGAACUGCCCUGGGCACUGUCUAAUGUUCGGCCACAGGCCUCGCUCAUGGCGGGAGCUUCCUCUGAGGCUGGCAGAUUUCGGGGUCCUCCACAGGAAUGAGCUGUCAGGAACCCUAACCGGGCUGACCAGAGUGCGCCGCUUCCAGCAGGAUGACGCUCACAUUUUCUGCACGAUGGACCAGAUCGAAUCAGAAAUGAAGGGCUGUCUGGACUUCCUCCGCUGUGUUUACGAUGUGUUUGGAUUCUCCUUCCAGCUGCACCUCUCCACUCGUCCGGAGAAGUAUCUGGGGGACAUUUCUGUGUGGAACCAGGCUGAGAAGCAACUGGAAAACAGCCUGAAUGAGUUCGGGGAGCCAUGGAAACUCAACCCUGGAGACGGUGCUUUUUAUGGACCCAAGAUUGACAUUAAGAUUAAAGAUGCAAUUGGACGUUACCACCAGUGUGCAACCAUUCAGCUGGACUUCCAGCUGCCUAUUCGCUUCAAUCUGACCUUUGUGGGAAAAGAUGGGGAUGACAAAGGCCGACCAGUCAUCAUCCAUCGUGCCAUCUUGGGCUCAGUGGAAAGGAUGAUUGCCAUUCUCACAGAGAACUAUGCCGGGAAAUGGCCUCUGUGGCUCUCUCCACGCCAGGUGAUGUUAGUGCCUGUCAACCCCUCCUGUGAGGAUUACGCCAAGAGGGUGUGUAAACAGUUUACGGAAGCUGGAUUUAUAGCAGAUGCCGACCUGGACUCCAGCUGUCUUCUGAACAAGAAAAUCCGAAAUGCUCAGCUGGCCCAGUAUAACUUCAUUCUUGUGGUCGGAGAGAAGGAGAAGAUGACUAACAGCGUCAAUGUGCGCACGAGGGACAACAAAAUCCACGGAGAACUGUCGGUGUCCGAGGUGAUGGCACGCCUGACCCUGCUCAAACAGUCCCGCUGUCGAAACGCAGAGGAGGACUUCUGAGAAGACAGAGAACAAAGCCGAGUCUCGCAUUUCAAUACCUCAGUCUUAGGAGUACAGUCUGAUGAGCAGUAAGGGGACAAAUGAUGGCACGUAUAAUGAGGGUAAUGGGAAAGUGCUGUCAGAGUAACAGAUGAACUGAUAUUUCGUAAGGUAAUGUAAUGAAUGGAGCUAGCUAAGAACUGUGAAAUGCCCAGGUGAUCAUUUGUGAAGGGCAGAAACAAUGUUGUAUGUGGAUCAAAUGGGCAUAAUGUCAGGGUGAUCUAUCUGAAGCUACUUGGUAAUUGAAGGAAACGCGGUGAUCAUUGUUAUAGUGAAAGUUGAAUGUGAGCCAGACAAAGGUCUGCCUCAGUGGGAAAUCUUGGAAAUAAAAGAAAUCUGCCAAAUGUGAAA